AUUUUUUAACAUUUUAACCCAAAAGCAUGAUGCCUAAUGUCAGUAAUGAAAGUAUGAAACCAGUAUUCAUUUCAUCAUUUGCCUUAUAAAGACACUCUGAAACUCCCAAGACUAAGCAGUCAAGUACUUGUUUUUCCGGAUCAUUUCCCGAGGCUCGAUGGAUUCUUCGCACCUGCAUGGCAGAGACCCUCCUCUCCGCCCUCCUCCUAUCUGGGUCACUGAUUCCUUAUUCGGGUUAUCCGAUAACUCGUCUUCCGGGUUGAGCACGCCCUUUGGGUCACUCGACUCGACCCGCACCGCAACAGAGAGCGAUGACGAAGAUGAAGAAUACGAGGAAGAAGGAUUCCUUGCCGAGUUAACUCGCCAAAUCGCUGCUUAUACGCUCCAAGGUGAAGAUGAAGAAGAAUACGAAGACCCAAAUAUCCUUCUUGAAGAUCCUAAAAAUAUUUCAAGUGCCCCAGAAAUUUCCCCCAAACUCGAGGAGGUUGACACGACGGAAGAUAAAUUGUCCGCAAGGAAACAGAGCAGGUCUGCUCCGCGAAGAAGACGAGUCUCGAGAACCGAGUCAGCUCAUAAGCGAGUUGAGGAGGGAGCGGAGCAGAAGAAGGGGAGAAGAAGAGGCGGCGGCGGAAAGGCUCAAAAGCUGAAAAGCGGGUCGGGUAUGCAGGCGAUUUUCCUCGGCGGGUCGGGUCACGGAACCGGCGUCUCCAGUGGUGGGACCGGCGUAUUCCUACCCCGCGGAAUCAACCACUCCGGACAAACAGAACCUAAGAUGAAAUCAGGGUGUUCAACUGUCUUAAUACCUACAAGAGUACUGCACGUUCUACAGCUGCACCACAACAACAAGUCGCAAUCAAAAAGCUGUGCUGUCCCUCUGACCAAUCUACCCUCCAAACAUGAGCCACUUUCAGACGUUGAAGCACAACCCGAAAUGAAUGUGGAGGAGAUGCAGCUACCCCAAGAGUGGACUUAUUAGUGUCACAAUUAUGCUAGGGUUAAGUUACAUUUGUGUACAUAAUAUGUUACAUUUUUUGUUGUAUUAUGAUUAAUGUUUAAUUAGCAAAUGUAGGUAGAUGGAAAGGAUUAGGAAGUAAUAAUAAUGAUAAUACAAGCUAAGGGGAAAUAAUGAAUGGUCAGAAUUUCCAAUGGAUUGAUAAAUCGGAACUCUGGCUGGCUUUCUGGUUGACAAGAUCAGCCUUCAUUUUUUCUCUUAGGAGAAAAGUUCAUUGAAGGAUAGGUUGUGGAGUGGUCCAAAUAAUUAAAAAUGAAAUUCCUGUUUGUAUAAUAAUCAAGAUGUGAUUUAUUCUU